UGGUGGAAAGUAGUUACCUGCAUUGUGAAGAAGGAAAAGUCCUAGCUUUAUUGCUGUGAGACAAUACAGCACUUCAUAUGACCUAAAUCCUUUCAAAUUUUGCUUAUCCUGACUGCACCUUCAUUUCCAGAAGUGGGAAAUGCCUGUUUUCAUGUUUUUAGCUACGCUGUUUUUUUAAAUACCUACACCUGAAUUCUGGGCAGAAAAGCUUAAAUUAAGUCUGCCCAACUGAAUAUUGUUAAAUAAAUACUUUUCUUCCUGAUUCACAUUGUUUCAGAGCUAGAAUGUGCUGACAUCCAGUGGCACAGAUUUCUUCAAACUCAUCUGCUGCUUUUAUAAUGUGAGGAAUCUGUUCCAGGGUAAUUAGACCACACUUUUUUGACAAUGGAAUCUAAGGGAGUUCAACUCCUACAAACAUAACUGAACUAUAUAAACAGUGUAACUUUUAUCUUUUUUAACUGUUUUGGACUUCUGUGUAUAUUUAAUGGAAUAUAUGAAGUAGCACAGUGAUUCCCCAUGCCUGAUACCAACAAGGUUUUUAUUACUUACUAUAACACUUCGUUCAGAUUGCUCCAAAGCACUGAUGCCUCUUGAGUUCUUGUCAGCAUGUCAUCAGGGCUUACUUUGAUGUUUGGGGCUUUUUUCCCUGCUGUAGUAAAACAUAUUCUUUAUUUUCCUGGUGAAGUGUAGAUGUAAGUACUCUGUAGUUUAAGUGAUGAAGUAUAAAACACUGUCAUCUUUUUUGCAAGAUACAGUGUGAGGAGGGAAGAUGCAUACUGUUUCUGAAACAAUCUUCAUUAACUUACUAAUUCCUGUAUACAAGACAGCAGUUCUCUGCCUAUGCAUAAUGUUCAGCUCAUGGCAGUGAAACUUCCCUGUUUUGGAAGUCCGCUUCAUUAUGAAACAAAGGCUAAAAUGUCCAAACUUGGGCUCUUCUCUCCAUAUUAGAGCUACGUUGCAGUAUAAAAAAUGUCUAGUUUAUUUUGAGAUAUUCUUCAAGACUUAAGAAGUCAUCCUUUGGGUGCCAUGACAAAUACUGUGAUUUGAAAAAUCUCUUAAAAAGGAUGCUAGAGAUAAACUAAGAUUUCACUUUCUUAUCUCAGACGUGUUCUGGAUGAAAGCAGAAGGCUUUCUGCAGUGCCUCAGAUUCAGUGCAUUUCUGUAGUGAAAUUAUAAUAAAAAUAUGCAGGUUAGCCCAUAUAGGAAGGAAGCAUAUUCUAAGUCAGAUGGCAUCAGUAUGCUAUUUUUCAGCUGUUGAUGUUCUCAAAGUGUUUUUUUGGUUUACUGUUGUGUAUCUGUCCCUUUCCAAGCUUUUUCUUUGUACUCCAUUGUGUACUACAGCAAGAUUUUUGGGGCACAGGCAACUUUGUAGAACUUGAUAUGCAUUGAUAGAGGGCAAGUUUUUUCAGAACUGUGUGCUGUUGGUCUGAUUUCAUUUAUGCUAUCUUAUAAGACUUCUUACCAUCUCUUUCACAAACAACUCUCUUCAUUUUUCUUUGAUGUUGAAGCUUGAAGAUGUACAGGACAAUAAAAUAAAUUGUCAAAGAUUUGAAAAUUGUUCAAGUAUUUGGGAGAUCUAUUAUAGUGGCAUACUUCUGUGGCUGUGUUUCUCUUGCUAUGGAAUUAGGCAUAUAAUUAGUUUUAUGUUGAAGGGGGUAUUACCUCAGGUUUUUUUAUGCAGCAGUAAGUAAGUGAAAUCAUCUUUUUGAAACUAAUUGGAAAGCAAAUGGCUUAAUCUAGAUUCUGUUGUUGCAAAAUUUAGAUUUCAGAAAUACGUAUAUAUAUGAUGCUAAGACACAAAUUAUAGAAAUGUCCACUACACAAAUUGUAGUCUUAAUAGGUUUGGGUCUAAGACACAGCAUAGAAUAAUAUGUGAAAGAAUAAAGCAUGACAGUCAAAAUAUGUGGGUUAGCCCGUGUAAGGAGCAAAGCUAUAUUAAGGCAGUUUAGUGAUACACAGUUCAAUGGUACUUGGGCUACUGAAGAAAACUGGGAGUGGGAGACAAACUAGAUACAACUUGCCAUGACAAAAAGGUUAGAAGAAAGAACUAGAGCAUGUGGAACCCAAGUGGUCCCAGAAACUUCAUAUUUAUGGCCAAAAUAAUAGGCAAAACUGAUUACCAGUAUUAAUGGUGAUGUAUUAAAUUAUUGACAGUUUUAACAAGGGGUUCUGACAUUUUUGCUUCUCUGUUCUUGAAUUCAUGUUUGUGCAAGAAUUCAUAUCCCCAGAGGUCAGAAAUCUUAAGACCUGGGCAAGGUUUCUGUGGUGACUGAAAGCAAGAGUAUUUUAAACUAGCAAAUAUUUUAAAUAUUCGUUGCUCUGCAUUUUUAGUUGGAUUAUAGAAAUAAAGAUUUCUGCGCACAAGACAGCACAGCAUAUGGGUCUGUCAUGUUAUAUCUGUAUUGCAUUAUUCAUUACUCAUGGUUUAUCAGGAUUAAGAAAUAAAAGUUAUGUUCAUCUGGUAUAGGAAGCCUUUGUACUGCUUUCAAAGAACCUAUUCCAGUGACUACCUACUACAGGUGGGGCAGGAUGGGACAAAUCAUAGCUCCAGAUUAGCUUUGUUAUGUAACUAAAUGUGAUUAUUGACUUGAGACCACUAAGAACACUUCUUGGAGACUGAAUAGUCAGUCUUUAUCCAUAGUAGAUUUUGAGAGUAAACUGGCCUUGGCCAUGUGUUUUUAUGUUAGUUCACUAUGGGUUGUUAACAAGAAUGGCUUGUUGAUGUCUUCACUCUUGCUAAUUUGCAAUCUUUUUUAAAGAAGUCAUAAAACAGAAGCCUUGUAACUGUAGGUUACAAAUCGCAUCUCAUCUUGACUGAAGAGGGCAGAGUAUGCUGAGUUUCAGUUUGAACAGUUCUCUGUUCUUCCAACCCCUCAGGCCCAGCUGUGGGGGGAAAAAAAAAAAAAGUCAGGCCAAGUUAGUUGUUGCCACAAGUCCCUCUUCUUUGCUUUCCAUGGUGCUUUGAGGCCCUUCACCAAACAAUGAAAGCAAGUAUUUAUUAUUUGGAUAAUACUUAACCUCUAAGAUGUGAUCCUAGGCCAUUUAAGCAAUUUUAGUCAUCAUGUCCAAGGCUGUUCAGGUAGUUUGUUUGCUGUCAUAUCUCCUGGAAGGCACAUACUGGCAAAUCCCAAUGCAUCUUCCCCUGUGUUGCUAAUUGAGCUGUUGUCCUUAUGAAGAUCUCUUCUCCCCCAGAAAGUUUCCUCAGUGGAAGAAUUAAUGUUUCUGGUGCAAAAAUGACUUGAUUCUAUGUGUACAUAAUGGUGCAUGCUUCAGUUUGAUUUGAAUUCAGUUUUGUGUUGCACAUAAGCUUUGCUUGUCAUUACUUUUAGAGCUGAAAGAGGGAUGCUGUGACAUGUCAGUCUGUCAGGCCACUGAUGAUUUGGGCUUACGGAGACAUCUGAGUCUGUAAGCAUUGUGUUAUUGUCCAGCCUGAUACCACUUUGAUAGUACUUGUAAAGAUGGGUAUAGAGGAAGGGAGAGGCAUGGUGAUUACUAAUUCUGACUUUGAGCUGCUUGCAUUUUCCCUGUCUUUAUAUGGUGUUGAGGAUGUCAUUUUUUGUGCUAACUAGUAGUAUGCAUGAGGGUUUAAGGGGUAGGGAUAUUUAGUCAUGCAACUUUUCUCUUGUCUAGAUCUGUGUUUCAGCUAAAAAUUCCCUGUGAGAGAGCAAAAACUCUCCUGAGCGGGGGUCCUGCAGUUUGAAGGGUUAACUGUGAUGCAGAUACUGGGUUCAUGCCCUGGGGAUCUGCUGAGGUGUACACUCUGAUGGAAUGUCUGUGAUAGUUAGGCCCAAAACACACCACUGUCUCUCAGUUUACCACUGAGCAUUGAGCAAGGAGUACUGCCAUGAAAAGUCAGCACAUGAGACUUGUUCCUCUAACCUUGUCACCCUUAUCCUGGAAGAUGAAUCCUAUCAUCCAUCCUCUGUUGCAGUGAAGACAGUUGAGUGCACAAUGGACAAAACCAUAUUGUCCUUCAGGAAGAUGCACCAAAGAGUAAAUGGAGUUGUGUGUGGCCUUGAAGGUGACACAUACUUUCUUUAUUAGAAGAGCGUCUUUUUCUUACUUGUAUUUUUUUGGUUAGUGUACCUCUUCAGCCAGACUAACUUGGUUUGCUUCCUGUUCCUCUAUGUUGGUAAACAUCAGCUUUUGAAAUUGGCACUGGGGAUGAAGGAUGUAACUGCAGUAUGAAAGGAGGGAAAAUUUUGCACGGCCCAAGUGGAAUGCUGAGGUAAAUGCUGAAAAAUUGAAGUAGGCAUCCUAGCCAGUUCCAAGUGGAUGUUGACUUUGAAACUCUUCAGCCUAUCAAGUUGCUUAUAUUUGAAGUGUCAUCAAGUUGUCUCCUUUUGCCCUACUGAAUCCUCUGUUUUCUUGUGUUAGUAGGCUUGAGAGGACUGCAGAUGUCUAAGGCUGAAGGAAAAUGUCUGCAAUAAGAUGCAGUUACCUUUUGAAGAAUACAUAUGCGUUUUGACAGAGCCGUAUUGCCUUGGAAAGCAUUUUGUUAGAAGGCUGGGAGAGCUAACAUAGGAGACUGGGACAGUAAAUAAGAGCAAUAAAUGUAGUUGGCAAGAUUUUGUGGCUGGUAGAGUGCAGUUGAAAAAUCAUUCCUGUUAAAAGUCAGUCGUAUUUAAAGUAUUAUUUAAGUAUUGCAAUUGUUCACAGCUUAUUUAUUUGAGAUCUGAAUAGCUGUUUGUGAUUUUGUGUUCAUCAUUUUGGUGAAACUCUUUCUGAACAUAAAUACUGUGUUCUGACAGCCAGCUGUGUUCAAACAGUCCCAACUUGAAAUUUAGUUAAAAUUUCAAUUAUAACCAAAGUAAUAAUUUUCCCUUAGCUAGCUUUGUACUUUUUUUUACAUGAAGGAAGGCAAUACAAGGAAAAGGUAUAAUUUUGUGCUGAGUUCUGGGUGUUUUUCUUUGUAUAUGAGCUAAUUAUUAAUGCAUGUUGAUACUCUCUUGCUCAGGAAAUCUGUUAUAUUGAUACAAGUGGUUGUGUGUCUAAAUUGAACUGAAUAAUUAGGAACGUAAAAAUGGUUAUCAUUUAUUGGGGUCUCACUUGAACUGAACCCUUAAUGGAAUGGAGGUGCUUGUUUUCUUUACAGAAGACUGUUAGAGUUGGUCUUUCUAAUAUGGGUUCUAGGAUAACUUAAGUUACCCUGUAUGUUUCCCUUCCCUUACCCCAGCUGAUAGGAUAAUCAGUAAUUUCAGUCAGAAGAGAUACAUUUUUUAUGUAGAUUAGUCCAUUGCUAAACAAUGUUCUUGCCUUGUUGUACACACCUUAUUUUUUCAGAACUCCUUACAAGUUGUUGGGUUCAUUCCUAAUGCAUAGUAGCUUUAGUAGGGCAUUGUUUAGAGUAUCCUAAUACUCUUAAGCAUUUUGCAGAAAUGUUAAGAGUUUCCAAAAGCAUUUCAUCCUGAGUGAAGACCUUUUCUUUUAAUCUAUGUAUACAUUAUUCAUGUUCCUACAAAUACUUACAUUCCAUAGAUAAUUUACACUUUCUUGCUUCUGUCCUUUUUAGUGUUGUCAGCAGCACUAUUAAGUUCUUUCAUACCUAUACUAAUAGCUGUUUAUUGUUCAUGUCUGCAGUUUUUCAGUUGUCUUCUCACUGCUUACCUGGAAUAGGCAAGCCUUCUUUCCUGCAGAAAGCUUCUGAGGAUUAACUUCUGCAGCAUCAGUCGCGGGGACGGCAACUCCAAAUUAACAUGGCAGUCAGACUGUGUGAUGUGGCUUCUCUGCUUAGAAGUGGUUCGUGGGCAGCAGAGCCUUGGACUGGGCAGGUAAUUGCUGCCAUGGAAACACAACUGUCUAAUGGACCAACUUGUAAUAAUACAGCCCAUGGUUCAGCCACCAUAAACAAUUGCCCAUCACCAGUUGAUUCUGGGAACACAGAAGACAGCAAGACCAAUUUAAUAGUCAACUACCUUCCACAAAACAUGACACAAGAGGAACUGAAGAGUCUUUUUGGAAGCAUUGGGGAGAUAGAAUCCUGCAAGCUUGUUAGGGACAAAAUAACAGGACAGAGUUUGGGUUACGGUUUUGUGAACUACGUUGACCCCAAGGAUGCCGAAAAAGCUAUCAAUACCCUGAAUGGAUUGAGACUUCAGACUAAGACUAUAAAGGUUUCUUAUGCACGACCAAGUUCAGCUUCUAUCAGAGACGCAAAUUUGUAUGUUAGUGGACUUCCAAAAACAAUGACCCAGAAAGAACUGGAACAGCUCUUUUCCCAGUAUGGACGUAUUAUUACUUCUCGUAUUCUGGUUGACCAAGUCACUGGGGUGUCACGGGGCGUGGGGUUUAUCCGGUUUGACAAGCGAAUUGAAGCAGAAGAAGCUAUCAAGGGCUUGAAUGGCCAGAAACCUCCAGGUGCCACAGAGCCCAUCACUGUAAAGUUUGCUAACAAUCCAAGCCAAAAAACCAAUCAGGCCAUUCUUUCUCAGUUGUACCAUUCUCCAAACAGAAGGUAUCCCGCCCCUCUAGCUCAGCAGGCUCAACGUUUUAGGUUGGACAAUCUGCUCAACAUAGCUUAUGGAGUAAAGAGUAGGUUUCCUCCAAUGACCAUUGAUGGAAUGACCAGUUUGGCUGGAAUUAAUAUCUCUGGACAUGCAGGAACUGGGUGGUGCAUUUUUGUGUACAACUUGGCCCCUGAUGCUGAUGAGAGUAUCCUCUGGCAAAUGUUUGGACCUUUCGGAGCAGUGACCAAUGUGAAGGUCAUCCGUGACUUUAACACCAACAAGUGCAAAGGUUUUGGAUUUGUGACAAUGACAAACUACGAUGAGGCAGCUAUGGCAAUAGCCAGCCUGAAUGGAUACCGCCUUGGUGACAGAGUAUUGCAGGUCUCCUUCAAAACAAACAAAACGCACAAACCCUAACAAGUUAUUCUCAGUGCAUUAAUACAUGAAAACUAUACAACAAAAGCAAUUUACAAGAAGCUUUAUGCAUUAGUAAAUGCCUUUGUUGUAUUCCAGUGUGGAAAUGGGGAUAAAAUGACUACUUAGCAUCCUAAGAAUAUGUGAGAUUUUUUUAUUGCUAAUAUUUGAAUUAGAACUUCUUAAAUAUCUUUUGUCUUUGAGUAUUGACAAGAGGUACAGGGUUUUUACCUGUUACAAUGCUUAUUCUAUUGCCUUCUUUGAAGAAGGUGCAACUUUUAAAAUGUUUCUGCUAAGGGAAGAAGUUUGUUUUCUUUAUACAUGACUUCCUUUAAUUUAUGAGUAAAUAUCGAGGUUUUGUGUAAUACAGUAAUUUUUUUGUCAAUUCUUGAUUUGCUUUGUGUCUAAUUUACCUUGCAAUGCAUUGUUUUCUUGUUCAAGAAAAGUAAAGUUUACAUUUUAUUUGUAAAGUUUAAGCAGUAUUUAUUUCAUCAUCUUCAUUUGGGUUGGGGAGUGGUAGCACAUUAUAAAAGCUUAUUGUAAGAAUACUGGAGAACUUUUCGUAAAGCAGUAUCUUGCCAAAGAGAUAAGAGCCUCUUUGAUGUGGGUUUAAAAAAGCAUCUAUUUUUAUAAAAAAAAAAAAAAAAUUUGGAGAAACUUUUUACUGGUCCUGGAACAAAUAUUUUGACUUGAAUAUUUUGAGAAAUCUCUUCAUAUGACACCUAGUGAGCUUUUAAAACUUACCAGAAAAUUUGCAAUUGUUGGGAAAAAAUUUAGAAAGAUUUAUGAUGUAGAACUACUUUUGAGACCUUCGUAUUAAGAAGUAAAGUCAAUGGGAUGCACUGUUGGUUUCAUUUUUUGUAAUCAUCAGUGGAGUCAUUGAUCAUCCUGGUUAUUAAGUGGUAGGUGGCUCACUUUAAUUUGUGAUUUUGAAGCAAAUGAAAAUUUAAGAAAAGAAUAUAAGAGCAAGCAGAAAACUUAAAACACUGACACAUGGGGGAAAUAAAUCUGUUCUUCCUAAAGAAUUCCCUUCAGAUAGCGCUCAUGGUGUUUAGUGAUGUACUUGCUAUUGUUUGAAGAAUUGUUUUGUCUUAAGAAAAGACAUCAAGCAUGAUUUGUGAAGUAGCAUAUCAACAGAAGUGGCCUGAGUUGGAUGCAUUAGGAGGUAUUUUGAAAGUUAUGUUCAAGGCUAACACCUGAGCUUUUUGUAAUGUAAAUAAGACCUUAAGUUAUGAAUCUUUCAGCUAAUUUUGAUUAUAGUUUUUUUAAAAGUUAUAUGCCAAGUGAUGUUCAAUUUUGAAUGUUUUUGUAUAAGUUUUUUCUUUGUAAAUGGCAUUAACAUUGUUACUUGAUGUCUGCUUCUUAUUUUCUUCUUUUUUUUUUUUUUUUUUUUUUUUUUUUUUUUGUCCUGAGGACUUGAAUUUACAGUGCAUCAGAUCUGUUGCUAUUUUUGUCUGUAGAUAGUCUAGCUUCAGCUGUUUAUGGUGAUGCAACAUUUUCGUUUAUGAAUAUGUUUGUGGUAAAAAAAAAAAAAAGUAUAAACAUAUGUUUCAAGCAAAUUUCCUUACAUUUUUCAUAUGAAAACCAUAAAUACCUGUAUGCUAUUGACGUUUAUCUCUGUAUGAUGCUUAAAUCACUCUUUGGGGAAAUAGAAAAAGUCUUUGCCAUAUAUUGAAGAAAUUUAAGGAAAACAAAUGCAGAAUAUUUUCUGAUUAGCAUCUAGCUUGUAAUUAAAUUUUUUUAAAAAGCUGAGGGUUUGGUGCCUUCACAAGGAUGCACUGAAAACUACAUAGUUAUGUCCUGCUUUUUAUAUAAACUGAGAUGCUCAUAUGCUUCCCCUCUAGAAAAACAAUGUUCUAUGCAUAACAUAGUUGUACUAUGUACUAUCUUUGCAGUUGUUUUUGGUUCUUAUUCUUUUAAAUUGUAGUUAUAAAAUUUUCAAUAUAGUACAGUACAUAUACUGUGAAGCGUGUGCUAAAGUGAAUAAGCAAGUUUUCAUGCUGACCCACUCAAUGCUAUCCAAAAAUCAAUUGGCUUCCUGAGUACUUCUUUCUUAGAUGCCUUUACAUUGUUAAAGCUAAUCCUCUGCAUUAAAAGUUGUAUGUAGUAUAGAAAUCACAAACUUUCCAAUGUGGGAGAAAUAGUAUCUUUUCUGUAUUUCUUUCCUGUACUACUGUAGCAACUAACGGCAUUGAUGAGAAGGCAUGUAAAUUGGGCUUAACUUUACAGUCAGUGUUUAUCAGAGCACUUAGUAAAAUAUAAGGCUGGUAUUUAUUUGAAAUUGUGUAGUAUGACUUAAUUCACAUUUGUUGGAAUAGAGAAUAUAUUCUGUUGGGUAUUUAAGAGGUUGUACAUGUUUUCUUUUUGUGUUUGGAUUCUUUGUACUUUUUCAUGUUCAGUACAUCAAUAAACGAAGUUGAAGGGAAAACAGUCUCAUAAA